AUGAAGGCUCAAUACAUAGUCAUAGGCUUGGACGCCCUGGAGAUUGCCAAUUUCCCGGUCAUCGGGCGUGGCGUCAGAACGCUGCAGCAUUUCAAGCCACCCUUGUCUGUUGAUGACAUCUUGGCUAUGUAUAUUCUUCUUGUCUAA